UCAGCCUGGUGCAGUAAAGAUGGAUUUGUUUGGUGAUUUGCCUGAACCAGGCAUUAGUGAAGCUCCUGUAAAACUCUGUGAAGACAAUCCAGACAGAGACAAAUCCAAUACUGCAUUAGAUUCUAUGAAUACAGUGAGUGUAAACAAUUGUAAAAGAAAAGCUGAAGAAAAAAAUGAAGACAAACCAGCAAAACAAAAAACAUCAGUAAAAUACAAAUUGUCUCCCUUCUUUGCUGAACGACAAGGUGAAAGAGACGAGAUGCAGGAUGAACAUGUAUUAUUACAAGACGUAACACAGCAGAUUCCGAACCUCCAUCCAUCUGUGUACAGAGUUGCCUUUUUUGCAGUCUUUGAUGGACAUGGAGGAGCACGGGCUUCUAGGUUUGCAUCCAAGAAUUUGCAUAAAUUUCUUCUGGAUAGGUUUCCAAAGGGUGAAGUUUCACAAGUAGAAAAAGAUAUGAAGAAAACCAUGGUGGAAGCCUUUAAGAAGACAGAUGAUGAGUUUUUAAAAGAAGCAAGUAAAAUGAAGCCAGCUUGGAAAGAUGGAACAACAGCCACAGUUAUAGUUGUGGUCAAUGAUACAGCAUUUAUAGCUUGGCUAGGUGAUAGUCAGGCAGUUUUAUGCAGAUGUAAGGAAGACAACUCUGAUGUACCCAUCCCCCUGUCAACAGAGCACAGUCCCUCAGUUUAUGAGGAGAGAAUCAGGAUUCAGAAAGCAGGAGGCCAUGUCAAGGAUGGUCGGGUUUUGGGAGUAUUAGAAGUAUCACGCUCCAUUGGAGAUGGUCAGUAUAAAAAGCUUGGAGUGUCAUGUUUACCUGAUGUCAAGAAAUGUCAACUGACUGACCAAGACAGAUAUAUUGUGCUGGCAUGUGAUGGACUUUGGAAAUGCUUUUCCUUCAAAGAAUGUAUCAACUUCACAAACAAAAUUUUAGAGGAUGAGACUCUACAAGAGACUGAUGGUAAGACGGUGAGAGAAGUUCGCUGUCAGACGGCCUGUCAGAAACUAGCUAAUGAAGCAGUACUUCGACUGAGUGCUGACAACGUGACAGUGGUAUUAAUAUCUAUUGCCAAAACAUGAUAGAUGUAAAUAACACAGACUUCAAGAAUCGCAGCUAUUUACAUUAUUUUUUUAAGUGGAGAUUGACAAUAGAAUGAGAUCUGAUUAAUUUGAAUGAAUUGAUAUUUGCUUUGGAAAGUUGAAUGGUAUAAAAACAAAUUAUUUACAUUUAAUAUUUACAUUUGUACUUGCAAUUUGGUUCACAUAGAUGAAGGCUAUUCACCGAAUAAUAGAACCAUGAUAUAUCUUUCCAGUUUGAAUGAAUGAAUUGUUGCUUUGGAAAGUUGAAUGUUAUAAAUUAUCUGAGAAAAGUACACGUAUUUGCUGAGUUUCACGUAAAAUGCCUUUGGGGAAAAUUCAGUUAGCAAUGAUAUAUCCUAGAAUGUAACAAGAAUUUACUUUGCUUCCUUUAUCCCUUCUGAACCAUUUAAUUUUUGAUAGUACUGUAAUGAUCAACUGAAUAAGUUAAAAGAUGGUGAUUUUAAACCAAACAAGUUAUAUGUUAUAGUCGUUUAUAUACAAAGUAAAAUAAAAUGCUGUUGUUGAUGCCAAGAGAGGAAAGAACAGUUAGAAUUAAUCUAGAACUCGAUAGGAGCAAGAUUUUACUUUAAGAUUUUGGAGGAUUUAAACUGUACAAUUCCUUGGAAUCAUCCCUGGAAUUUAAUAUCGGUGUUUAAAUUGCUAUGAUGUACUUGUAGUAUGAAACAUGUACAUCUUAUGUCAUGCAUAUUUUUUAAAAUGUAUUAUAAAACAGAUUUUGUAUUAAUUACUUGAAUGCAGAUUGUGUUUUCUUUAAUUGCUAUUGAUAAUAAAAAAUGACAGA